AUGGAGGAAAAGAGUGGAGGUAGUACCCAGAGUGGGGAGGCUAUGAGUAGAUUCAGAGAGCCCUGGAUUACUGCGCUCUGGAUGACAUUACUAGACAGGAAAAAAUCUUCACUUGGUGUAAUGGCCAGAAUGCUAACUUUAUCAUGGAAAAACUGGAUUGAAUUCUUGCCAAUGUGGAGUGGAAGGACAUGUUUAAGGACUUUAGGAUCCAGUAUCUUGACUGGAUGGGUUCUGACCAUAAGGCCAUUGUCACUGUUUUUGGUGAGGAGUGGCCCUUUAUGGAGAAAAGAGGAAAAUUCAGUUUGGAACAACCCUUCCAAGCUCAAAGUGAAGACGAAGGAGUGUAAGGAGGAGUUAAGGCGAUGGACCCAUGAGAUGAGGAAGCAAAUGAAUUCUAGUAUUGUUGAAACUAAUCAAAGAAUUAAUGAUUUGUCUCUCUCAAUGGACCCCAGUAACUGGCAACGACUUAAAAGGGAGGAAAAAUACUUGAACUGUUUGUUGGAGAAGAAAGAAGUCUACUGGAGACAGAGGAGUAGAGCGGUUUGGUUAAAAUGUGGAGAUCGUAAUUCUCGGUAUUUCCACCAUAAAGACUCUUUGAGAAAGAAGAAAAACAAUAUUGGUGGGCUGUUUAACAAUAAAGGGACCUUUCAAAGCGAAGUUGAGAAUAUUGAGAAAACUUUUGUUGAUUAUUUCCAAACCUUGUUCAGGUCAACUAGUCCUUCUAAUGAAAUCAUAGAUAGUGCUAUAAGAGGGAUCCAACCAAAAAUAACGGAGGCUAUGAAUGAGAGCUUGCUGGGUAUGUUCACUGAGGAGGAUGUCUUUUCGGCAGUGAGGGGUAUGAACCCUAUCAAAGCCCCGGGGAUUGAUGGGCUCCCCGCCCUCUUUUUCCAGAAAUUUUGGAGCUCGAUUAGGUGUGAUGUUGUGAGCGUAUGCCUGAAAGUUUUAAAUGAAAACAACCCUCUCCAUCAACUCAAUGAAACUCUGAUUAUGUUAAUACCGAAGGUUCCUAAAGCAAAGAAGGUUGAGGAGUAUCGUCCUAUUAGUUUGUGCAAUGUGGUGUAUAAAAUUGUGUCAAAAUGCUUGGUUGAGCGCAUGAAAAGCUCCUUGACGGUGGCUGUCUCGAAUUCUCAAAGUGCGUUUGUGACGGGUAGAAUGAUACAUGAUAACGCAAUUAUUGGAUAUGAAGGGUUGCACUGCAUGAGAAAGGAUUGCUUCGGGAAUGGAAAGAAAAUGGCCUUAAAACUUGAUAUGUCCAAGGCAUAUGAUAGGAUUGAAUGGAGAUUUGUGGAGCGUUUGAUGUUAAAGAUGGGCUAUCAUGAAGUGUGGGUGAAGAAAAUCAUGGGGUGCAUUACUUCAGUCUCCUUUUCCUUCCUGCUUAAUAAGGAAGUUAGAGGCAAUGUGUCUCCAGAGCGUGGUCUCCGCCAAGGCGACCCCCUCUCUCCUUUCAUUUUUGUUCUUUGUGCUGAAGCUCUUUCUUGCUUGAUAUUGGGAGCUGAACAGAGAAAUCUUUUAGAGGGCCUAUGCUUUGGAAGGAAGGGUGUUAGAGUAUCCCACUUGUUUUUUGCUGAUGACAGUAUCAUGUUUCUAAAUGUGGAUACUGAUGAGUGUAGGGCGCUGAAAGAUAUUCUCCUUUGUUACACUACCGCUUCGGGACAAAUGAUUAAUUUCAGCAAGUCUGAAGUUUGCUUUGGCAGCAAAGUUGAUGAUGGUGCUAAGAAAGAGAUAGCUGAUAUUUUUGAGGUUAAAAUUACGGAUCAUUUUGAGAGUAUUCAUAGCAUUGCCGCUAAGUUCUGGUGGGGUUCAUCUGAGAAGAGAAGGAGAAUUCAUUGGUGUAAGUGGGAAGUGCUGUGUAAAAGAAAGUUCAGAGGAGGUUUAGGCUUCAAAGACAUGGAACUCUUCAAUAAAGCUAUGCUCGCUAAACAAUGUUGGAGGUUAGAAAGAUCUCCUGAUUCCCUUGUUGCUAAAGUCCUCAAAUAUAGUUACCAUAGUAAUUGUGAAUUUUUGCAUGCGAAGAUGGGAUCUGCUCCAUCCUUUAUAUGGCGAAGUCUCCUCUGGGGGCGGCAAAUAAUCGAAGCAGGGGCGCGUUGGAGAAUCGGCUCGGGAGAGGAGGUUCGAAUAGUUGAGGAUAAAUGGCUGCCAAGACCUGUGCAGUUCACCUUUCUGGAAAAACUCGAGCUGCCUCCGGGUCUCAAAGUGAUUGACCUUAGGGGAGCUGAGGGGGAUUGGGAUGAGAACUUUGUCCGAAAUAUCUUCACUAAGGAAGAUGCGAAUAAUAUUAUGAGUAUUAUUCCAGGGCCCCUGGACUCUAGAGAUAAAAGGAUAUGGCAUUUUAACCAAAAUGGUGAGUAUUCUGUGCGCAGUGGCUACCAAGUUGCUAUCCGUGAAAGAGAAAGGUGUUGGAAUAGUCGUAACAAUGCUUUUUUCAAGAAAUGGAAUCUGGAGGCUACCGCUGUGGUGGACUGGGCGACCAACUAUCAUAAUGAGUUUGUUCAAAGCCGAGUUGCCACUUCCUACAAAACUAAUUCUACCCAUAAAGCGUGGACUGCUCCUGCUAUGGGAGACCUCAUGAUUAACGUGGAUGCUGCAGCGAACAAGGGCAUUAAACUUUGUAAGAGGUUAAAUCUGAAGGGUGGUCUGAUAGUUUCAGAUUGUAGCUUAGCAGUAGGUAUGCUUAACAGACCACCGGAAGAGAGUGGUGAUCUGGAUUUACUUGUGGCUGAUAUUAAGAGGGAGGCAGAGGACCAUAGAAUUUUGUCUGUUUGGUUUGGUCCCAGAUCGUCGAACGUUGUUGCUCAUUUGAUAGCCAAGUUUGCUAUUCGGUAUCAAGCAUCUGGCUUUUGGGAAGGAGGGGUUCCUCCUAUGGCGUCUUUGGCUCUUGCUGAAGAUAUGGCUCUCCUGGGUGUCUGA